GCUGGUGAUAUUGUUCUCGUUGAGAAUGUAGAAUUUCUUACUAGGAAUUAUGUUCUUAGCCAAAAUGGGAAUGUUCCUAAUACAACAGUUCAAGAAACUGGAGAGUAUUCUUCAGUAACCGAGAAUACGGUGGUGAAACCAGAAUUAUCGGCUUUUGAAGCAGAUGGAUCUGAUUUGAAUGAACUGAAAUUAGUAAAAGAGUGGACUGAAUCGGUGAAGAAAUCGGAUAGGCAGCGUAUGGAUGAUAUCCAUUAUUUUUCAACUUUUUUAGCGUUUUGUACUAUUUUUGUAGAAUUGUAUAGCAUGCACUCUGUAUCAAGGUUAUGA